AUUUGAGAUCAUUGAGAUUACAAUAGUUGAGUUGGUCCUUACUUUGGUUAAAAGUGGAGGUGCAACCAAUACUCGGAUUUCAUCAUAAAAUUAGGCAUAAGCAGUAAACAAGAAAGGAUUGGCCUUCGGUAAUCCAAUCACACAGCAAACCUUAACGCAAAUUAAUGGUUUCACGCCAGUUUUUUGUGAGGAGGAUAUUACUGUGGUCGAACAGACCUAUUCGCGCUAAAGCAUUGCUCUCCCACACUUAGAAUAGUUUACUUUGACUUGAUUUGUUACAUUAAAACACACACUUAGAUUACAAUUUGUGAUACUGAGAACAGGUGAGAUUAGAUAUCGGAACAAUAGAAGUUAUACGUACAUAAUCGUAAUCUUUAAAUAGUUUAAAAUAAAAUGAUAAGAGGUGAUGAAAUAGUUGGCAACUCCAACCAGAUGCAGAUCUACGAGUAGUUUGUCAAGUUGACGUAUAAUAAACUUGACGUUGACAGUGCGUAACUACUUGUGGACUGAUUAAUACGUGUCCAUAUAUUAUUAUUUUUUUUAAAAUAAAUUUAAUAAAUUAGAUCUCUAACUUUAUUAUCCUUUUCAUAAGUUUAAUUUCUUCAGUAAUCUCAAUAAUUUGUAAGAAACUCAAGAUGAUCAACGGACGUGCUUUACAUUUCGUGUUCAAAGUCGCCGACAGGACUCUGACUGCAAAAUUCUACAGAGAAAUUUUGGGAAUGAAGGUCUUAAGACAUGAAGAAUUCAGUGAAGGAUGUGAAGCUGCCUGCAAUGGGCCUUAUGCAAACCGGUGGAGCAAGACGAUGGUUGGUUAUGGUCCAGAAGACUCACACUUUGUUGUGGAGUUGACAUACAAUUAUGGUAUCACACACUAUGAACAAGGAAAUGACUUCAUUGGCCUCACAGUCCAGUCCAGCGAGAGUCUCAAGAGAGCCGCAGCGAACAACUGGCCAGUGAAGGAACAGAAUGGUCAGAAGUACCUUGAAGCUCCUGGUGGUUACAAGUUUUUCAUUGUUGACAAACCUCAGCCUGCAGACAGAGAUCCAGUCGUAAAGGUAUCACUCGCCAGCUCAAACUUGGAGAAAUCCAUCGCUUAUUGGAAUGGUCUGCUUAGUUUGAAGAUCUUUGAGAAAACUACAAAGACUGUCACUCUAGGCUUCGGCAACGACCAGACAAAACUGGAAUUAGUUGACAUAGGUGAGCCAGUUAACCGCGCUAAGGCAUACGGCCGCAUCGCUUUCUCGUGUCCAUUCGACGAGCAGCCAAUCAUCGACCAGAAGAUUCAGGCAGCUAAGGGCACCAUCUUAACGCCCCUGAUAUCGUUGGACACGCCAGGCAAGGCCACUGUUAGAGUCAUCAUUUUAGCCGAUCCCGAUGGCCACGAGAUCUGCUUUGUGGACGACGAGAGCUUCCGACAGCUGUCUCAGGUGGACCCUGCCAGUGAUGCCGACCUCGACAAGUUCAUCAAAUCGGACAAGUCGCGGGCGUAAAAUACACCUCCCAUCCGUUUCUUAGCUAUCGGGCAAGGGUACAACAUAUUCUCUUAUAUUAUUUCUUCUCGUACUUAAGUUAUUUUCCGCUUAGCGUCACAAGAUACGAAUUUAUUGAUUCUAUGUAUACUAUGUAUGCAAACGCUCAUACUCAUUGUUCUGCAUAUAUAAGAAUGAUAACAAAUAUUGUACAAAUUUUAUCGGCUUCUUACAAUGUAAGGAUAAGUAAAUUAUUUAUUAAAAUUUAAACCUUAUGUGGUAGCAUUAAAGCUCAUUGCUCUGUGACAAGUACAAUAUGAAUAGCCACUUCAUUGUUGUGAUAAGUCUGUUUUAAGAUAUCUCUCUUCAGAAUAGUUUAGCAUUCCGUGUUGUUUUAGGUGGCUCUUUAAGUAUUAUUUUGAAUUAUGUUUAACAUUGUCGUAAAGUAAUAUGUUAUUGUAUAUUGUAUAUGUUUAUCAUUUAUGUAUUGUUGCGCCAACUACACAGCAAUAUGUUAACUAAGUAAUAAGAAUAUAUCGUUUAAAUC